AUGAAUUCUAUUCAACAAGUUGAAGAGCUCAUUAAAGAAUAUUUACUGGCUGAAAAAAUUAUUGAAGAAUUAUAUUCAUUCAUAGCAAAUAGUGAUAUAAAUGGAUUACUUGACUAUUGGGAGUAUUUAAAUAUAAGAUAUUUUUCGAGAUUAGAUGCUAGAUAUUUUGGAAGUGUUAAGAAGUUUAAGAUAUCUCUUUUAAGAUAUUAUCUUGUAUAUGCGACACAACAAAAACGUAAAGAAAAAGUGCUAGAAUUCUUUGAUACGUUUGAAACGGAUUUAAAUGGAAAUUCGGAGUGGUCUAAAUGGUUUGAUCGAUUUCAAAGACGUGCGUUGGAAAGCGAGGUUCAGUCUCUACAUAAUGUGAUAGUUGAUCUCAAAUCAAAGAUAGAACAUUAUGAUACCGAGCUCGCAAACUUACGACAAACGCCUAUUCAUUCUCAUGAAUUAUUAAGCCCACAGCGAUGUGCAAAGUCAUUGCUUGAUCAAAAAAAUAAUGAUGCGUAA